UCCUUUAGAACAGAGAUUUUUUAAAGAUAAUAAGAAAAUAAUGUUGAGGUAAGAAUUGAGAGAAAAGAGUUUAGAUGUGACUUUAAAACCUUUUACGAAGAAAUCGUUCAUUACUUUGCUUUAAGAAAUGAAUUUGAGAAGGACAACUGAUGAUUUUGAUGAUUUUAUAAAGUAUUCAUGAAUCAUGUUUGUAUUUGACUUUAUGGGUACAUGAAUUUUAAGUCUUCCACCUAAUUGAUAACAACAGCAAAAGAGUGACUCGCCUAAAGCAAGCCCGUUCAAGAAUAAUUGUCCAAGAUUUCAGAAAGGUAUUUUCAAGUGACUUUCGGCACGUUUAUGACUUAAUUUUGCCCAUCAAAAUUAGACUAGAAACAAACACGGAAACACUGAUCCUGCGCUACAUGUCAUCCGGUCCAAGACAUUAGGUUUCCAUGGUCCGUCUUUUGUACUUUGCAGCCAAUAAAUUUUUAAAACAAGAAAAAGAAUUAGGCCAUUAGAUUUUGUAGUCGCCAUGGAUGUCGAAGAAAGGAUAGAUAUCACGCUCUAGUGACAAGCAUAACGACCAUUAUCAUCACUUUAAUGAGAUGGAAUCUUGUCACCCCAUUAUUUUCUGAGAAAGAUUUGAUGGCUGAAAAGGCAAGGUGUAUAGCAGGCAGCGAACAUGCCCUAGAAGGACGCCGUAGCUGAAUGUAACAUGGAGUCUACUUUGCAGUCGAAAUGUUUUAUAUGUAGUGGAAGUUUCGAUGCAAAAUUGCUUGCAGAGCACGAGCGCCAGUGCCUGAAUCAGCUGCAAGAAGGCAUUACCGAUAUAACAAAAGAAGUCGAUAGUUUGUUGGAUUUUGAAAUUGAAUCUACAAUUUCAGCAACAUCAUCAGGGUCCAAUGACAAUUCUCGUAAAUCCGUUCGCUGCUACAUUUGCGGAGAGGAUUUUGCUCCGCACUUCAUCAGUGUACAUGAGAGGCACUGCAAGCGAAGGUGGGAUACGGGUGUUACAAAUGCGGACAGUAUUAAGAAAGGCACCUCUCUUGGUAGUAUAUCUGCUGUACGUGAAACAGAAAAAGGGAAACAAAAAGAGGAUGGAGUUGCAAGCAGUAUGAGGAAAGCUCAUUCUGUUGCUAACAUUUCUUCGACAGGGCCAAAGCAAGCAUGGAAUGCACGAAUUCGCGACAAAGAUAGCAAAGAGAAUUUGUCUAAGGAGACAAGUCAGAGACGCCCAACAAAGACAAAGCGGAAGGAAAGGCCUAGAUCAGCUUACUUGGCUUCGUCUUCCUCGCAGAAUUUAAAUGGCAGUUUAUUUUCGCCUAGAGAAUUUAAUGUUUAUAAUGAUAUUGAUGAUUCCGACAAAAACAUUGCCCAUAUUUUGAGUGAAAAGGCCGUGUCGUUGCAGGACUUGUCAUCUAAUGUUGUUGAAAAAGAACAACGAAAAACGGAUGGAAACCCAAAGUUCAUGGAAUGCCAAUAUUGCUUCAAAAUGUUUAGUAUCCAUUCCAUACAUAUACAUGAGAAGAAAUGUCUUUCUCGACCGGGUACCACUACGCCUGAUAUGACUAGGCCCAAGAAGAAUUCUCGACCAAAUGGUAGAUGUGUCUCUGUUAAUGAACUUAGAUCUGCUAAGCCUGAAGAUAAUUGGCGGACUGAAAUGUUCUUGAUCACUCAUUGGCUAUAUCUGGACAACUUAGAUGCCCAUAAACCUGCACAUAAUUCAGACAAUUCACGUUUUUUGUUCUGUAGCUAUUGCAGCAAGCCUUUUGGAAGCAAGUCUCUACCCAUACAUCUACCCCAAUGUCAAAGAAAAUACGAAUUAGAAAAGUCAAAAAAGCAGAAGCCACAAAUGUCUAACAAGAAAUCUCCUAAAACAAAUCAUGCAUCGAGCGUCAAUGGCUACCCUGACAGACGCGCUGUUAGAACAACACCCGUUUCGAAAGGGACAAGAUCAAAUGAACACACACCUUCUUCUGCUGUUAGGUCAUCUGCUAAAUUUUCAGCAACACCACUGUCGAAAUCGGCAACCUCAUCUUCAGGCCCUGCCUCCUCUAGCAACUCGCUUGAUUCUCAAGAGACACCGCGGUCUGCACGAACACCAAGGAUUGGGUCUAAAACACCCCUGUCAGGAUCUGCUUACGUCGCCUGUCGUUUUUGUCAUAACUAUUAUGGAAGUGCAUCUGUCAAGAUUCAUGAAGCGAAAUGUGAGACGAAGAUGACCAAGAGCAAAGAAGACAGGACACAGUCAAAGGCAGUUGGAAGACACCUCGGUAGACUGUUUGGAGUGCAGCGGUAAGAAUUCAUAUUAAUAAUUAUGUUCUCCGUCAAAUUUAAUUGAAUGUUUUCAUUUUAGAUUAGUCAGAAUUCUUAAGAAUACGUGCUUCCCAAUCCAAUUUGAUUUUUACAUCACUGGUGUGAUGACAAAUGUUUUACCCACAAAAUUCCAACCCUCCAUCUUAGCACCCAGACGUCUGAUACAAACUUUCUCUGCCUAUAUUUCACUGUUUCUGAUAGCUGAACUGCCAAAAUCUCCUUGAAAAGGUUGUUUUAACAGGUCAGAUGUGUUCUCAAUCCGUUGCCAUACGCAUAACAGCGUUCUCCAAUACAUGCACUAUGUUUACAUACGUUUUAUUUCUGCCUAGAAUUGAUAUAUUUUAUUUUCUUACCUAUUUUGAGAGUAUCAAAAUAUCCAAAUAUAUUGUUGAAGGAAAAAUCAGGCAAUUAUUUUAACUCUAAGGAAAUUUAAACGAAGAAAAAUAACACCAAAGAUAAGGUUUACAAACGUUUUCUUAUCAAAUUAACGAGGCUCUAUCGAGUAGAUUUCAAAGUCUAUAAAAUUAAGACAGAGUUUUUCUAAUUUUCUAACUCUCUUAAAAAAGAACAAGAAUAUGCCAGGUUUUAAUAGAAUAAUACUUUUAACAAAACAGUAGGUAUGUAAAUUCAGAGAAAUUGGCAGUUGAAAUACAUUUUGUGUGUUUGAAUAAUUGGAAAAAUUGCAUGUUAGAAAUUAAUUCCUUGUAAUGUAAGGCCCAAUUGAAUUUACCAUCUAUGAAAUUAAGGUAUAUGUAGUUUUCUUGCCCGUUAUUUUCCUAUAAAAAGAUUAGUGUGUCCCCUGUAAUUUUAGGCUAUCAUUUUGAUUAGCAUUGACUUUUAUUGACGAAUCUUAUUUGUCAGAAACUUGUGUUAUUGUAUUUAAUCCAUUAGAAUCGACUUUUCGUGAAUAGAAGUUUUGAAACUUUGAACAGACAUUUUACGGUUUGAAUUCGAUUUGCCAGAGAUGUUUUCAAAUGUUAUAACACAAGUGAAGGAAGACAGGUCGGCAGGGAUUUGUUGAUUUACAUUUUGCUAUUUCCACAAAUAUUGUCCGUAAAUGAGUCCUAAAAAUCUAGCAUGUCAGCUUAAAGUUAUUUGAUUUUUCGUAAACAGAUCAGCUAGAAAACAUUCAACAUUGAGAAUAUGACCAUAUGUCAGUGUAAAUUAACUAGUGAUUGUUGUCACUUUGUUUUAAUUGCCUCAGUUAGUAUCCGUCAAUUUCUCUUAUAUGCGAAAUAGAUCUAUUUCACUUGUGUUAGUAAUGUUUAAAAUGUUUGCCUUAUUGAUUAUACAUACGACUCUUAAUGGUGUAAGUUACACGUAAAAUGAAUUAGUAUUAAAGUCCGAAUAUUGCUUUAGAAAAUUUAUGUAUGUAUUAUUGGCAAUGUAAUAUUGCUCAGCCUCAUUGUGUCAACACCCAAGAAAUACUAUUAGAGUUUCUUCAAAUAAUUUAAGAGGGCAAACAGUGAGUUCUACAUACUACCUUAUAAACGCCCAUUUCCCUACAUACAUACCAACAUACAUGACGAAAUUGAGCCUCAGCAACACCAACGUAUUGAAACGCCUGGUUUAAAUGAUCUGAGCAUGGAAUAAUAGAUAUUAUCGAUCAAAUGCUUUGUUUAAAAUUGAGUUUGUUUUGAUACUCUAGAAAUCAGAAGGGCUUAGCUUCCUCUGGCAAGAAGCCAGAACAAGUUGCAGUUGUAUAUCGAUUCUAGUAAGGAAAUAUCACUAACCUUCAGCCGUGCCUGGUACCUUAGCCAAUCCAUAUCUCUAUAUCGACUUGGGUAGGAAAAAUAUCUGCAUUGAUUUUCAGAUAUUCAAUUCUGAUAUAAUUAAUAGUUCCAAGCUCAUUGUGCGUCGGAUUUAUGACUGGAUGUGGUUUUGCUAAUAGUGGUGUACUUAGACAGUCCAAGAAAGACGAAGAGAUUCAAAGCUUUUAAGUAUUCUCUGAAUUUCAAAUCAGUUUUAUUCAUUUUAUAGAAAAUGUUUUGCUUUUAAUUAUAAUGUAUCAUUUUAGAUAGGCAAUUGUGAAGUGAGUGGUAAUUGUAUUUUUCGUCUGUAUUCAGUCUUUUUCAAUAAGAAACAAUUAAGAGACAUUUUGAACUUCCUCCUUACCUCUUACUCCAUCCAAAUUUAUCCUGUUUUUUGUUGUUGUUCGAAGUAAAAGGCUAACAAAUUUGAUCACUGCCAAUGCUCUAUCUACUAUACAUAAAAAGAAAACAAAGGAAUUGAAAUUACGCCUCAGUUUAUCAUUCUGAAGAAUGUCUUAGGCUAUUUCCUUUCGAUAAUUAGUAUAAUUUUUUACAUUCUGAUGUACUCGUUUUCCUUUCAUCCACAAUAGAAAACAAUUAUUAAUAAACGAUACGAAAGCUUCAAUUUCUACUCUAAGAAAUGUUUGAUAAUCUUUCGUUGCAUUCGUUCAACAUAUAGCAGGUGGUUUCUCGUACCCUGUUCAAUAAUUUAGCUGCCUAAGCGAGACAAUAUUGUUAGUACCAAGUUGUAUGAUAAUGAAUAAAUUUGUUUUGUGAAUUUGUAACUGCAAUGUAACGUAUACUCGAUUCACCAAAAAUUAUCUUUUUGGCAAUUAUUUCUAGGUUAAAAUUGUAUUUCAUUUUAAUGCUUACUGUAUUCCAUUUAUUAUUUAUUCUCAAUUGUUCUGUUGGUUUGUAUCUAUAAAGUGAAUGGUAUUUAUCGAAUGAACUCGUUACGCAAUAGACAGUGGUAUUAUUGAGUCUCUUUUUUUUCACCCUCAGAGCCUUGCAGUUGUUUUCGAAAGUCAAAUGACAUUUUAUUGGUGACUCAAGUCCGUUUUCUGUUCCCUCAAUCUUUAUCUGUCUCUUCAAAAGAGUUGUCCAGUGAUGACGUCACAAAAAUAUAUUUUUAGAAUUUUUGAAAUUUUUUCCCAUAACCUUAAAAAGCAUUAGGAAAUACCUCCUACGAAUUGGCUGAGAUAUAACCAGAUGAGCACAAGCAUCGACCCCAUCAAACCUCUGUAAAUUGGUCUGACUUCACGACUUUAUUAACUGAGCCAAAAUAACAAUUAUCCGUUAGCAAACUUAAAAUCUUCUAUUGGCCAUAGCUCACCCAAUUUUUGACAAAUUUAGCUAUUUUGCAUACAUUGAACUAUUUUAUGAUAAUCUUUCAUGUUAUGUGGUCAAAAUUCGAAAAUUCUAAAAAUAGUUUUUCGUGACGUCACACUUGAGAACUCUAUGGAUAGUUAUAUACAGAGCUAGUUCUCUGAAUUAUUUACUAUUCGUCUGAAACAUCUAGUUAUUUCAUCUACUAGUUAAAAAACAGUGAAUCCAAAAAUUUUAAUCUACAAUCGAUAACGUGAUACGACGGGGAUUACAUGAUUUGUGGCAAUAACUCUUCGCUUUUGUUAUUAGUGGUCUAAAGGCUUAUUCUUAAAUAACGUUUCUUAGAUAAUUACUGUUUUGAAGAGGAUAAUUUUAUGUUCCGGGGCCCCUAAAAAAAGGGUGUUGAAAAGGAAAGACAAUUUUUUCAACUCAUCUGAUGUGUUUUUGUCUGAAAAGUUAGAAGUUGGAAGAAACGCAGGCAGUUCUGUUCUGUUUUUUGCUCGUAAUUUAAGCCGCGGAGCGGUGCUUCCCGAAUGAAGUUAGUCUCAGGGGCGCCUGCACAAGAUUAAAGAAGAAGGGCAGUGUUGGUGCUGAGGGCAAAGAGUACAAUUUUUUCCACUACCAUAAUCGAUUAUUUGUUAGGGGUUUGGGGAUGGGUGCAAAAUAUAAUAUUGGCAUCGACCUGUUCCACCCAUACAGCUGGGAUUUUUUCUAUCAAAGACUCUAAACAUAGUCAUAGGUUGACAAAAUUCUCCAUGCAAGUGGGUAUUAGAUGGCCUCGUCAUUAUUAGAAAAGUUUGGUUUUACGAAAAUCAUGGCA